AUGUCUGCAUCGCAAAGACUACCAUUGGACCGGAAAAGGGCUUUUGGUCGUAUGGUGUUUGAGACGUUGGCGGAUGCUCGAGACGGACUUUACGUCUUACUCUUUGCCGCCCACGAUUUUAUUGUCGACACGAGGGAAAUCAGAAUCAGCAAACCAAAAGACUGGACGCCCUCCUCGGAUCUGGUUACCCGACAGGAACGACUUCGAACGGACUUUCUCAAGUGGCACACGGCUUUUGAAGAGAGGUUCCGGUGUCCCAGCAGACCACCUCUCCAACACGAAGUAGAGCCUUAUUCGCUGCUCCAUGUGGUGUACAGCUAUUAUUUCAUCUUGGUGUGCACGGGGUUGAGCAUGUAUGAAACGGAUUUUGACAAAUUUUUCCCCAUCUUCCAGACCAUGGUCGACCACGCCAGUCGCAUCGUCACUCCCCGGGUCGACGAGCUGCGGCCCGUUUUCAUGUUUGAGACGCGAGUCAUCCCUUCGCUGUUUGCGGUCGGAGUCAAGUGUCGACACCCGGUCAUUCGGCGACAGGCAAUCGCGUUGCUUCGAAAUGGGACUCGUGUGGAAAAUACUUGGAGAGCCGACGCAAUGGCCGACAUUGCCGAAUGGUCGGUCGGGAUCGAGGAAUCAGGCAGUAUUCACGGGGUCUUCUGUCCAGAACCUCCGGAUAUCGAGCUCCCGCCCGAGAAUCAUCGAGUGCAUUGGAGUCAAGUCAUUGAGCUUCCAGACUCUGACGGACGGGCGUCAAAAUUCCACCAGGUCCAAAAAUGGGAGCAAGACGAGCACCAUGUCUGGUCGUUGGUCGACCACUUGCGGAGAGAGAACAGGAUGAUCUCCUACCAAGGCAUCGUCGCCAUCUGCAUCGCCAGCGCCGCUGCCCUCGUCACCAUGGGCUUCGUGGUUCACCGCCUCCUGAUCAAGCGACCAGACGUCGCCGAUCCGUUCACUCCGUCCGACGACCAAAGGCGCUAUAUGCGCGAGGUGCGCGAGAGGAAUAUCGUCGAAGCGCUGGGCAAUCAGCGACUGAGGUAG